CUUCGGGCUGCCCUGCCGCGGCCACUGCGCCAGGUCUAUCUUGGGGGUAGUUCUCUGCUGAAGUAUCAAGACUUCCCAUGUGACCCUCUGAGGUGGCUUCAAGCAGGACCUCCCUUUGUUGGACCGAUGGAGAACCCGGCUCCAUAACCGCUCAGGCCGCAGCUGAGAGUAUGGAGGAUUUGGGCUGCAGCCCAGGCUCGGGCCUCCUGCCACUGAGUCAGCCCCAGAGCCUUUAGCAAGAGACCACCCCUCCCGCCGGGGGCCCGGGGCUGGCCGGUGACUAUGCGGCUUGGGCUGUGUGUGGUGGCCCUGGUUCUGAGCUGGACACACCUCGCUGUGGGCAGCCGAGGGGUCAAGGGCAAGAGGCAGAGGCGGAUCAGUGCUGAGGGGAGCCAAGCUUGUGCCAAGGGCUGUGAGCUCUGUUCAGAAGUCAACGGCUGCCUCAAGUGCUCGCCCAAGCUGUUCAUUCUGCUGGAGAGGAACGACAUCCGCCAGGUGGGCGUCUGCCUGCCGUCCUGCCCGCCUGGAUACUUUGAUGCCCGAAACCCCGACAUGAACAAAUGCAUCAAAUGCAAGAUUGAGCACUGCGAGGCCUGCUUCAGCCACAACUUCUGCACCAGGUGUCAGCAGGGCCUGUACUUGCACAAGGGCCGCUGCUACCCAGCCUGUCCCGAGGGCUCCACCGCGGCCAACAGCACCAUGGAGUGCAGCAGUCCUGCACAAUGUGAAAUGAGUGAGUGGUCCCCGUGGGGGCCCUGCUCCAAGAAGAGGAAGCUGUGCGGUUUCCGGAAGGGAUCGGAAGAGCGGACGCGCAGGGUGCUCCACGCUCCUGGAGGAGACCACGCCACCUGCACCGACACCAAAGAGACCCGGAAGUGUACAGUGCGCAGGACGCCAUGUCCCGAGGGGCAGAAGAGGAGGAAGGGGGGUCCAGGCCGGAGGGAGAACGCCAAUAGGCAUACGGCCAGGAAGAACAGCAAGGAGCCAGGUGCCAGCUCUCGGAGACACAAGGAGCAGCGGCAGCCACAGCCAGGGACAGCAGGACCACUCACGUCAGCAGGACCCACCUAGGCACGGGGACCAGUCUCCAGAUCUGCGUGGAAGAGUCUUGUGCUGUACUGCAUAAUGAGAACUUUCCAGAACUGGAGCGUCUGGGACAGCAAGUCCACACAUUGACCACUCACCCACCCAUCCGCCUAUCCAUCCAUCCAUGCAUAUCCAGGCAUACAUAUGGCCACAUCAGAAAACAUCAACACACACACACACACACACACACACACACACACACACAC